AUGGAAGAGGCCGGCUGGCACCACAUGCCACACCCCUCUGACUCUGAGCGCAGUACCUCCCCCAGAACCCCUGUCCGACGCCCUCUACCACCACUAGAUGCCACCCCCACACUCGGACACUGUGGAGUUCUACAGCGCCUGUCAACCGAGACACUCUUCUUCAUCUUCUACUAUCUGGAGGGCACUAAGGCACAGUACCUGGCAGCCAAGGCCCUAAAGAAGCAGUCGUGGCGAUUCCACACCAAGUUCAUGAUGUGGUUCCAGAGGCACGAGGAGCCCAAGACCAUCACUGACCAGUUCGAGCAGAUGAGGGCCCCGCCCCCUCUCUUCCCGCUGCUAGGGUUGGGGUAGAGUCCCCAGGCUCCAGGCAGCCCCUGCUGGCCUCUGCGCCCUCGCCUCCACCUUUCAGCCGGUGCACUCCCUCAGCCUGACCAUGUUCUCCUCCCUCGGGCUGUCUGCUCAGCCUGGAACACUGCCCUCUCAUCCUCCACUUGGCCAGCUCCUAGGCCUCCUGUGGGUCUUAGUGCAAAUGUCCCUUCCUCAAAGACACCUUCCUGGCGCCACCCAGCCUGGUGUCUCCCCCUUGCAGUGCUGGGCACACUCGCUUGGGUGUGGGAUUUUCCCGGGAUGUCUCCCUGUACCAGGCUGUGGGCUCUGCUGCCCAGGGACCUUGAUGGUCCCCCUUUCACCUCCAGGUCCCAGCACCCAGCAGGGCAGGGGUUCAGUGGGGAAGCUAUUUUUUUUUUAAUGGGCUUCUCAAGUUGUAAUACUGGAAAAUUCCUGCUUCUUGCAAACACUCUGGAGCCAGCCUACCUGGGUUUGAGCCCAGUCUAGCUGGGUGACUCUGGGCAAGUCACUCGAACCUCUGUGUCUCAAUUUCCUUAUCUGUAAAAAUGGGGGGAAGAAGACCUACCUAAUGCAGUUGUUAUGAAGAUUAAAUGAGUUAAUAACGUGUAAGUACUUAAUGGUGACUGCUACAUAGUCAGUGUCAUGGAUUUUUUUUUUUUUCCAAAUUACUUUCAGUUGGUGUGUUCUACAGUGACGUUUUUUUCCCACCAAAUACUUCCCUGAAGCCGAGCCCCUUCACGGGGAUGAAGUAUUACAAGGUCCUUGUCCUCAGAGAACUCAGUCCCCUCUCCUAGUUCUCCCAGGUUGCCAUCUUUGAAGCAUUUAAGACAUUCAUUCAGAACCUAGCUCCUCUCCCACUGUGUCCUCAGACAUUAACUACAGACUUCUGUCCUUUCCUGGUUUGGCCCAAAACCAUCCUCCAACUUAGUACAUUUCAGGCCAUCCAGCCAUUCAGAAAUUCCCACACCACUGCCGUCACCAAUAAAAUGUCCCUGCAGAGUGCUUGGA